UUGGAGCGGUGUUCGAAAGAAGUCUGCGGCGUUUUUGUCUGCCGUUUUCACGCGUUUUUCCUAUUCAGUAUUUGCUUCAGCCUGUUUUCCAAGUUCACCACUUCACCUAAAACAUAACACACAGUUGUGAAUGUUCAAAUAAGUCCCCAAGGAUGACUUCCUGGUCAAGACUGCAAAAAGCCACUGCGGUGAUUUUUGGUGCUGUUGGUGGAGCUUCUGCAUACUACUUUUACACCCGGAAGCAAGAGACUAACACUGUGUUCAACUCCUGGACCACCAACUUUAAACCUUCCAAGUAUGGGAAGUGGGACUCUAACUGGGAUCAUCGAGAUCCUGCUUCCCUUGUAAAGCCUCUCAAGGCGGACGCCGAGUCUACCGAAGAGAAUAAAUACAACGAGAAACUCGAGAAAGCCACUCCGAAAGUGAUCCGGCACAUCAUUCUGAUUAGACACGGGCAGUACAAUCAGUCUGGAGAGUCGGACGCUAAGCACUACCUCACAGAAAUUGGCCGAAAGCAGGCGGCAUUCACAGGAGACCGCCUGAAAGUCUUGCAAAUCAACUGGGAUAAAAUGAUAAAAUCAACUCUGCUGCGUGCCCAAGAGACUGGAACCAUUAUAUCCUCGUCCCUGCCUCAAGUGCCAGUGGAGCAUUGUUCACUGCUGGAAGAGGGAGCGCCUAUUCCUCCGGAACCACCAAUUGGCCAUUGGAAGCCAGAGAAGCAUCAGUUCUUCCAGGACGGAGCAAGAAUUGAGGCUGCUUUCCGGAAGUACUUCCACAGGGCGCCUCCUGAGCAGACAAAGGAAUCUUACACACUUCUAGUUUGUCACGCAAACGUCAUUAGAUACUUUGUCUGCCGAGCCCUGCAGUUCCCGCCUGAGGCUUGGCUGAGAAUCUCCUUGAAUCACGCAUCAAUCACCUGGAUCUCCAUUCUCCCAUCUGGAAGGGUUCUUCUGCGAGGUCUUGGGGAUUCUGGCCAUAUUCCACCGGAAUAUGUGACAUGCAGAUAAGCGACUUUUUC